AUGCCCUCUACUAAAUCUUUUUACUCAUCAAAAAGUGAAUCAGCUACAGGAAUACGAAAGAAAAAAACUCGUACUGUAUUCUCCAGAGGCCAGGUUAGUCUGUUGGAAGCAGCAUUCAACGCACAUCGAUAUCUCAACAGUCAGCAACGUACAGAUUUGGCUAGAACACUGAGCCUUACUGAAACACAAGUGAAGAUAUGGUUUCAGAAUCGGAGAAAUAAGUGGAAAAGAAUAAUUGGGACUAUGGAUUGUAACGAACCAACCGACAACCAAACCAAUAACAACCAAAAAAAUAAUUUAUCUAUUCUGCCAGCUUUACCAUCACUCCAACACCAAAAUAUUGAGCAAUAUGCUGUCUCAAAUUUCCCUCUUGCUGGAGUAAAUGGCCAUUAUGAGCAGUCUUCUUCGAUAAAUUUAAAUAUCGCAAUCACCAACACAACAGCAAACACCAACAUUCAUGCUUCAACAAGCUCAGCGUCUCUUGCUUUCGUUUUUCACUUCGACAACUUCGCAAUCAACAAUCGCUUCACCCCCGCCAUCGGUACUAUCACAAUCUUUUAUUGA